AGGAGAGGAGAGCGAGAGAGCAGCAACGGGAUGGCACGGUGCUCCCGGCAGGCACCAUCGAAGAAUGGUUGGAGAAGCGUGCCAAGCGGCUACGGGCAGCGGAGAGAGACAGUCCACUUUCUGAAGAAGAAUUGGUUUUCCAGUAUCCGCCUGGUUGGCCCCCGAUCCAGGAACUGCCACCCUCCCUGAGAGCGCCCCCUCCUGGCGGAUGGACGAUCCCCCCAGGUCUCCACUGGGGCUGAGAAAUGGACGGAGAGGAAACGAUGGACCGGAAGAGGCGGAAGAGGCCUUUGGAGAAAAACAGAGAAUUUAAGUGAACGCGUUUUCAGAAAUCCCUGCAAAUCUCCUUCUGUUUAGCAUUCCUUUCCAUUUCAGAUUUCUUUCCAUUUAGAAUUUGCAGAAAGGAUACCGAAAAAGGAGCACAUUCAAGGACCGAACAAACAGAAUAAUUUAUUCAAAUCGUCUCAUUUAAUUACUCACAGCGCCAGGGGGCACUUCGCUCUAUCUGCAGCGCUGAGCCCAAAGCAGCAAGAACAAUCUCCAAAAUUCAACUUAUAAAGAGGUUGCUUUCGAUGGGCAGGUUUUAUUGCCCUGCCACCUCUCUGUCCCGUUCCACCACCACCACCACCAAACCCCCCAGGAGUUGCUCAGUUUAAGCAUCAGCAAAGGAAAGUUACGUAUUAAGGAGGAUUAAUUCUCUUAACAGGCCCCUGCUAGGAUGAAAGAAUAAAUAUAGCAAAUUCUUAUUAUUGCUAGGUAUGGAUUUUAUAAUCACAGCGAGCAGCGAAUUGGCAAAUACUGAAUUCCUGAGAAAAAUAACAACCGCUUGCUUUCUGCAAAUCUCUACUCAACAUUUUUCGCCAACUGGCCAAUGCUCAAACUUAUUUUCAUCGUGUUUCUGCUUCAAGAGACCCCACUUAAUGUGUGUGUAUUUCUUGUUAAUAAAGUC